UUCGCGGCCCUCCUGUCCCAUCUCGGGCGGCUGAGGCUUCUCUUAGUGUGUGUAUCUGUGUGUGCUCGAAGUGGGAGCGGCGAUAAUGAGAUGCGUGUGAAACCGCCCAGUCCCGGGAGGAGACGGAGUUGCUCGGAGCCUUAAGAAAAAGGACUUUCUGAUCCCGAACCUGUCCUUCAAACAGCCUUUUGACCCAAAAGUUGCAACGUGUGUUCAACAGACUGGCCCUGGGAAAACGCACCCCUUCCCCCGGCCACAACUUCUCAGCCUGGCAACCUGUUGGGCCGCAAGAGAAUGAAGUCCAGAAGCCAAGGCCUCGAUCAUUUCUAAAGGCAGUACAUUACAGUUCAAAAUGCUGCAGACUACCACUGUGAAUCCAGCGCUUCUGUUCACUGUACUUUUAUUUGUCGAAAUUUUGUUCCUUCCUUUCGUAAGAUGAAUAUCUUCCAAAGAUGAAAACCUGAUCAUUGACGGUAACCUUAUUUUCUCAUCUCUGUUAAAUGCAACAAGAACUUCUAGAAACGGAAUAGAUUCAUCCAAGACAGAAUUUGUGAUCCAGGACAUUAUCCAUUUUUUAAAAAAACUGACAAGCAUAUUGGCAUAAAUUAUAACUGCAUGCAUGUUUUUGAAUUUUUCAGUGCAAUACAUCUAAGUUUGGCGUUUGAUACGUCUGCCACUGUCCUCCCCCCAAAGUCUAAAGUUGUCUCAAAAGUAGUGAAAUGAAGAGCUUGUGUGAAAAAACAAUGUCUAUUUCUGUUUCUGAAGAGAACAAUUUCAUAAUGAUGUAAGCCUCUCCCAACAUCUGGAUGUGGUGCUAAAGGCAAAGCAUUUUUGAUCAGCUGAUGUGAAGCUGUGCAAAGAGGACCUUUCAUUAAAAUAACUUCUGGCCAAAAUAAUCUUAAACAUCAUCAUGCACAAAAUGAAAAAGAAAAUGAAGAUGACUUAUAUAGGAGGACAUUUUCUUGAACUAUAAAAGGGAAACGUGAAAUUACACUUGCAACAUUGCAAGGUAAAGGAGGAAAAAACACAUUUAUUGACAGUUGGACAGUUUUUGACAGAUUUAAAUCAACUCAGAUGUCAUCAAACGAAUCUUCUCCUCCAUCCUUACAGAAGUUUUCCCCAUCUGUGUCCCAUGCUGCCGCUCCACCUACCCCUUCUUUAUCUUCAAGUCCUCAGUCUGGGCUCUCAGGCCGGCUGUCCAAUGGCAGCUUCAGCACACAAAGUCUCACCAACUCCAGGGGCUCUGUGCAUGGAAUCUCCUUCCUACUGCAGAUUGGUCUCACUCGCGAGACUGUUACAAUUGAGGCUCAAGAUAUCUCCCUUUCUGUUGUCAAAGACCUAGUGUGCUCUGUAGUUUAUCAAAAGUUUCCAGAGUGUGGGUUUUUUGGCAUGUAUGACAAAAUUCUCCUGUUCCGCCAUGACCUGAACUCAGAAAAUAUUUUACAGCGGAUUACGUCGGCUGAAGAGAUACGUGAAGGUGACCUUGUUGAGGUUGUUCUAUCGGCGUUGGCUACAGUUGAAGACUUCCAGAUUCGUCCUCACAUGCUUUACGUGCAUUCUUACAAGGCCCCCACUUUUUGUGACUAUUGUGGAGAGAUGCUUUGGGGCUUGGUACGGCAAGGGUUGAAAUGUGAAGGGUGUGGAUUGAACUACCAUAAGCGAUGUGCCUUCAAGAUCCCAAACAACUGCAGCGGAGUAAGAAAGAGGCGUUUAUCUAACGUGUCUUUGCCUGGAGCUUCACUUUCAGUCCCAAGAUCAGUACAAACUGAAUACACAGUCACUGCCACGGAAGAGCGUUGUCAUCCAGAGCCCAGUAAGAGGAUUCCUUCUUGGAGUGGGCGUCCAAUAUGGAUGGAAAAGAUGGUCCUCUGUCGGGUGAAGGUUCCACAUACCUUUGCUGUUCAUUCUUACGGUCGACCCACUAUAUGCCAGUACUGCAAACGGCUGCUCAAGGGCCUCUUUCGCCAAGGAAUGCAGUGUAAAGAUUGCAGAUUUAACUGUCACAAACGUUGUGCCUCUAAAGUACCUAAAGAUUGUCUUGGAGAAGUAGUGUUCAAUGGAGAACCGGCUAGUCCAGGUCAAGAUAUUGAUAUGCCAAUGGAGGUUGACAGCAGUGAAAUGAAUAGCGAUGGUGGUAGGGGCUUGGAUGAUGCGGAAGAACCCUCUCCUCCAGAAGACAAAAUGUUUUUUAUGGAUCCAGCAGAUCUCGAUGGAGACAAAGAUGAAGAGGCUGUCAAAACCAUCAGCCCAUCGGCGAGCAAUAAUAUUCCAUUAAUGAGGGUUGUGCAAUCAGUCAAGCACACAAAGAGAAAGAGCAGUACAAUGGUGAAGGAAGGAUGGAUGGUUCAUUAUACUAGCAGAGACAACCUGAGAAAAAGACAUUACUGGAGACUGGAUAGCAAAUGUCUUACGUUAUUUCAGAAUGAAUCUGGGACAAAGUAUUACAAGGAGAUUCCGCUUUCCGAAAUCCUCCAGGUGAUUCAACCACGGGAUUUCUCUAAUGUGGUGCAGGGCAGCAACCCUCACUGCUUUGAAAUAAUAACUGACACAAUGGUGUACUUUGUUGGUGAGAACAACGGCAGCAACCACCACAACCCCGUUUUAGCUGCUACUGGAGUUGGACUGGAUGUAGCACAGAGCUGGGAGAAAGCUAUUUGUCAGGCUUUGAUGCCGGUCACACCUCAGGCUAGCAUUUGCACUGCGGCAGGCCAAGGGAAAGAUCAUAAAGAAUUGUCCGUCAGCAUUUCUGUUUCAAAUUGCCAGAUCCAAGAAAAUGUGGAUAUCAGUUCGGUAUAUCAGAUCUUUGCUGAUGAGGUGCUUGGCUCUGGUCAGUUUGGAAUUGUGUAUGGAGGAAAACAUAGGAAGACCGGAAGGGAUGUGGCAAUUAAAGUCAUUGAUAAAAUGCGAUUCCCUACAAAACAGGAAAGUCAGCUGCGCAAUGAAGUGGCCAUUUUGCAGAAUUUGCACCACCCUGGGAUUGUAAACCUGGAAUGUAUGUUUGAAACUCCAGAAAGGGUUUUUGUUGUGAUGGAAAAACUUCAUGGAGAUAUGUUGGAGAUGAUUCUCUCCAGUGAGAAAAGCCGGCUUCCAGAAAGAAUCACCAAGUUCAUGGUCACCCAGAUACUUGUUGCUUUGAGGAAUUUACACUUCAAGAAUAUAGUGCACUGUGAUUUAAAACCUGAAAAUGUACUCUUAGCAUCAGCAGAGCCAUUUCCUCAAGUGAAGCUGUGUGAUUUUGGUUUUGCACGCAUUAUUGGUGAAAAGUCUUUCAGGAGGUCUGUGGUGGGAACCCCAGCUUAUCUUGCUCCGGAGGUGCUCAGGAGUAAGGGCUACAAUAGAUCCCUGGAUAUGUGGUCAGUUGGAGUCAUCAUCUAUGUGAGCCUUAGUGGUACAUUUCCAUUUAAUGAGGAUGAAGAUAUAAAUGACCAGAUCCAAAACGCAGCAUUUAUGUAUCCGCCAAAUCCCUGGAAGGAAAUAUCUAGUGAAGCUAUUGAUUUAAUAAACAAUUUGCUUCAAGUGAAGAUGAGAAAACGUUACAGUGUCGACAAAUCACUUAGUCACCCUUGGUUACAGGAUUAUCAAACUUGGCUUGACCUUCGGGAGUUUGAAACUCGCAUUGGAGAGCGUUACAUUACCCAUGAGAGUGAUGAUGCUCGCUGGGAAGAACAUGCAGAUGAACACCACCUUGUAUAUCCCAAACAUUUCAUUAUGGCCCCCAAUCCAGAUGAUAUGGAGGAAGACCCAUAAUUAUUCUCCAGGGAAAGGCACUUAAAUUAAAUCAAUACUGAUUUUUUUUUGAACCAAGUGUUGCCCUCUGUUCUCCAGGUGAUUCAGUCUGCAAAGCAUCGAAGGAUCCUGCAUCAGUUUGUGGACGGACUAGAUGAUCUGGAAAGUAAUUCUUUCUCUAGUUUCUACAACUAUGAAUGUGAUCCAGCACUGGGUUAAAAGCCAUGAAGUAUUUGUGUAACAUUGCCUUACUGGUACAUCACAGUGAUGUUACUGACAGAUGAAGUGCACAGAGACUUGAUGUUUGUGAAUUUUCCAAGUUUUUUGUAGUUUACACAAUAACAAAGCAAUUUUAAUGGUUUUCUAGUUCCUACCUAUUAAGCCAUAGAAUACUAUUUUCUAGUAUUUAGACACAUCUACUGGGAAGCUGUAAAGAAACCUGAAGUAUAUCAUGACAGACAGAAAAACCCUUGAUUUUUAAAACCCAUACAAAACACUGGUAGAAUAUUUAUUUAACAGGCAUGAUUUGGGAAAAAUAUAAAAGUGAAGGGAGUCCAUAAUGUUCACUGUUAGGACCUACAGCUUAAUUGCAGUCUUUUGAUACAUGGAAAGUCAUAGCAGUAAAAGUACUUCACAUUCCUCCUGAAUCUAGAUAUUCGGUGUUUUCACCCUUUCAGUUGUAUUAUGAGAGCAAUAAACAUGGUGGGUUAGUACUGUGUGGCAGAUGUUAGUGUGACUUUGGUUUGUAUAAAGGGCUUUGUGCCUUCGUUUGUCUGAGGGCCAAGAUUCAAUGAUGCGAUUUGCAUGCUACCAGAAGAAAAUGCUUCACUUGUCAUACCAGUUCCAUUUGCUAGACAUAAGCUGCUGUUUUGUUUAAAAAAUAACCUGUCUCUUCUGCAGUGGGAAUUGCUGUACCUAACACAAUAAAUUGAAGCUCCAACUGUAUAUACAGCUUUCUUGCAUGCACAUAUUACAUCUUUGCCCAGGCAAGUAGACUAGAGUGCAUGCCUAAGAUCUUGGAUAACUUAGCCUUCCACUGUGAAAGAACUAUUUGUAGCAGGAAGUUUAUGGUAGUAGAAAUGUCAGAUAUCUUUGUGGGGGGAAAAUGACUCUGUGUUGUUCACUUUUGGUUGGGAAGCAUGAUCUGUCUGCAGCAGUUGGGCCUAAAAGCAGCUUUCAAUUUUAGAAAGAAUAUGGUUAAGGAUUUAACUUUACUUAAUUUUCAGUUAAUUCAAGGAACUUUAGAGGAGGCCCCAGUGCAAUUUCCCCCACGUGGUUUUCCAGUUUGUUGUUGUGGAAAGGAGUUUGUUUCUUCGCUUCUCUUUUGCUUCUUUUAAACCUUGGAGACCACCAUAACCACUAGCAGCUUUUCUAUUGGCUACUGAUGAUUGGGGUGGGUAUGGUAUGGUAUUAACCUUUGCCUCCCACUUACUGGUUUUGUAUCACUUGACACAUCCUGCUGGCAAAGUGGGGAGGGGCAAACUGGAUUUAAUGCCUUCCUUCAGGCCACUCCCCACCCUUUCCCUGUUGGUGGAUCUCUAGAACAAAGGCAGCUGCAUCAACAGUAGUUAGGGAUAAGGAAGGGAUGGGGAAGAGUGUCUGCCUCCAUUCUUUCUCCUUGUCCCAUAGAUCCAUUUGAAUGGCACUCGGCUUGAUGAUGCAGUUGCCUUCCACUUAAAUGAUCUACUGGAAGAGACGGGAUGGGAAGUGGCUUGGAGGAAAGCCUGAAGGCUGACUUCCCCAUUUCCUUCUCUCCUACCAGUGGGUCUGCUUAUGAGUAAGUGCCUCUUGUGUGAUACACACAGUUCUCAAUUACAGAUGAGGACAUGCAGAUUGGCAAUCGCUAUUUAGUCUAAAGGAUAUGAGCAGUACUAUGUUUUAUGGAUUUAAAAUCAACAUGACCAAUUAAUUUUAACCCCCCCCCCCAAUGAAUAUACAAACACAAAUGAGCCCAAGUUAUUAUGUAUUCCAUGACUACAGUAUUAGUUAUUUGUUGUUGGCUGAAUAGUCUGUUACAGGUCCUGUCGGUUCUGUUGCUUUGCACCUGCUUUUCUCAUUUCUGCUGUCUUGACUAUUUACUUUUCUUCCUCCUCCUCCAGAUCUGUCAUCAGCAUGUUCUUUCCUUCUCCAGUUGUCAACAACUAACUUAUUUAUCCCUUGUCCUGCAUUCUAUAAUGCCACAAGUGUUUUCUGUGAAUUGUAAAGAGCAGGACUGGAAUAAAGCAGAAGGGAUAUCUUGAAAAUAGCACUUCCCCCCACCCCCAAUAAGGAAUGGUCCAGUGCAUACAUAGCUUAAGUUGGGUUAGAUCAAUUCUUCUAUGAUUUCUAUAGUCCAGAUUUCUAACCAGACACC